AAAAUUGUCUGUAUCACUUCGUGAAAACAUAUAGCUUUGUUGGCUUCUGUCUGGGUUAAAAAUGCCGGCUGAUCGCAAGCCUAUGCGAUUUGCUCACAGUGAAGGUCAUACAGAUGUGUGCUACGACGAAAAAGGAGAGUAAGUAUGAUGAUUUUCUUGCUAUAACGCUCGUUCAUGAUCGUCGAUCGGCCUGCGUCAUUCAUCCUGCAAGAGUUGAUGAGCAGCAACGUACGUUAAGUGAAAUGUGCAUCGAAUUUGUUAGUUAACCCACAAAAGCUGAUCAUUUCUCGAUCGGGUAAAGAAAUCGAAACAGUGCUAAAGUUGAAGUCGCCUGAAUCGGAUCGAGACAUUUAUCGAAUCGAAUUGUUGAUUUCAAAAAACAGUGACUGUUGGUUGUCGUCGAUCAUCGAACAGCGUUACGAUUUACCUGGUAACGUAGUGAACUUGAGCUUGUAAUCGAUCGAACGAGCCAGGUUAAAUAAACAAAGUACACCGUGAAUUACUUAGGAUACUAGUGUAGUUGGAGAGAUCAAAUACAUGUUACAAAAAAAUGGGUCAUUUUGGUGUUUACGUAUUAAUUACAAGAGUGUCCGUCCUAGGGGAUUUGGACUACAGAAAUCUAACGUAGAAUGAUGUAUCGGUCAAAUCGAAGCUUCAACAUGCCCCCCCCGGGCAUACCCCGGGCAUUUGACACCUUUGCCGUCCCGGGGAGGAGGGAAUUUGAUUAUCAGAGUCUUCCAGAGGGUGGGGAAUUUGAUUCCCAUGCUUUAGGGGUGGGGAAUUUGAACUGCACCCUCGAUUUCAUGUAAAAUCUUUGGCGUGGCGAGCUAUCAUGAGGGACGCGGUGUUAGAGGAUUUUCGUGGAAAAGAUUGUGCCUUUGUGGCCAACUGGUUGCGAGGUAAGGGCUUAAACAAGGUUUGUGCCGUAUUUGAAGUAUUUAAAUUUUAAAAUUUUUAAUACUGGAUUCAGGCUUUGAAUGUAUGAAUGUAUUUUAUUGUUGUGUUUACAAUGAAAUACAAUACCUUUAACGGCGAUUCAAUCAGCAACAACAUAAAUAAAAUAAGAUAAAAAGCUCAGCUCAUCUACUUUGACCUACUGCAAGUAUGUUAAUUAAUAAGGUGAACGAUGAUGCAUGUCAGUGAAAUGGUCAUGAUGUACGUAGUAAUCUCAGUAGGUGGGAUCUUUUUUAUAUAACGCUUUGUAUGUUGCAUGACGAAGAAAAGCUGAGUAUUCAGUGACCUUGUAGCAGCGAUUUCCGCCGUUUUGCACCAGGCAUUUGUUCGUAGUAAAUACGCUAACAGAGUUUCUCAGUUUUUGUUAUAUUUAUAAAUAUUUUGUUCGACAACUGAAGGUGUUUCCGCCGUCCUUCUGUCAUUUUUGUGCCUGUGAAAUGUCCCCGGGGUGGGGCCAUUUGAUCACCUGAAUGGACCCUAGUGUGGGGCAUUUGAACGGUAUUUUGGCCCGGGUAGGGGGGAAUUUGAACGAUAAUAAAAUUUUCAAAAAGUCAAAUGCCCGGGGGGGGCAUGUUGAAGCUUCGAUUUGACCGNAUUUAUAAAUAUUUUGUUCGACAACUGAAGGUGUUUCCGCCGUCCUUCUGUCAUUUUUGUGCCUGUGAAAUGUCCCCGGGGUGGGGCCAUUUGAUCACCUGAAUGGACCCUAGUGUGGGGCAUUUGAACGGUAUUUUGGCCCGGGUAGGGGGGAAUUUGAACGAUAAUAAAAUUUUCAAAAAGUCAAAUGCCCGGGGGGGGCAUGUUGAAGCUUCGAUUUGACCGAUACAUUACAGUAACAUUUUAGCCUAGAGGUAAGACUUUUAUAUCCCUGAUCUUCCUGCUAAAAGUAUAUCUGUACCACAGAUGUAGCUUAUUAUAGUUAUUGUUUAUUCGUACCAUGGGAUUCAGGAAAAUUUUAUUGAUCUUACAAUUUAUUAAUUCUCAUACAACUCCUUAUAAUUUGGCUUCCUGUAUUAAGGCUGUUGUGAGUCUAGGCCCCCUGUAUUUUAAAUGGCCUUUCUCUCUACUAGACUCUAUCAUACUUGGCUCAGUUAUUAGAUCGCCCUCUUAAUGUUAGGGAAAUCAUAGCAUUGAACUGGUGACUCAGUUUUACUACUCUUUUACCAAUGUUUUUGACGUGACAGCUGUUCUUUCAAAUCUUUCUCAGCUAUCUUUUGACAUGUGGCUCAGAUGGUGAUGUACGCAUUUACAAAGAUUUUGAUGACAGUGAUCCUGAGUCAGUCAGGGCAGGAGAUAAUGUCACAGUUUUAGCCGUUAAGGUGAGAGCACUUUUAAGCUAAGAAAGGAAGCCCUUUGCCAGUAUCCUCAAUAUUGAAAUAUAAAUUCUCCUUUUUAGUCUACAUAAUUUGUAUGUGCACACUAUACAUGUACAUGUACCAGAUUGCUCUUGUGCUGGCAUGAAAACCAUACUGGAUAUAGCCCAAGAAAAUGAGUGGGAAAUGAGACAGUGCAGAAAUUCUGUACUGAUGACUGAUGACCCAUCACUUCCCACAGGGUUGAAAGUCCUUGAAUUUUAAAAUAUAAAUUCACGUCCUUGAAAGUCCUUGAAAAUUACAGUCGGUGCUGGAAAGUCCUUGAAUUUCAAUGCUAACUUUAUAGUUUAAGUAGAAUUCCAAAGAAGAAGGAGCAAACACAGAGAAACCCUUGGGAUAAAAUGACUCCUGUAGUGAAAGAACUAAAAAAGACAUAGACUCAAGGCUCUUUUUUGUACUGAAUUUGAAGUCCCUGAAAAAUGGGAAAUGUGAGUUCGAAAGUCCUUGAAAAGUCCUUGAAUUAUUUGUUCAAAAGAGUACGAACCCUGACACUAUUAUAUACCCAAUUGCUCUUUUGCUGGCUUGAAAACUGUACCAGAUAAAGCCCAAGAAAAUGAGUGAGAAACGAGACAGUGCAGAAAUUCUGUACUGAUGACGUGUCACUACCCAGAUCUGGGUAGUGCUUCUGAUUGGUUGAAGGAUCAAUCAGAUCUAGGUAGCACUGCGUCACUGGUAUGGAAUUUCUGCCCUCGUUUCUUAGAUGCCAUUUUGUGGGGAAACCAGUGCUGGCAUUGCAAAAUCAGGCAGAUUUGUGUGAACGAAGGGCUUGACGAUUUUAAUGUAUUCUCAGGAGUAGCGUUUUUAUGUUCAACUGUUUCAGCUAACGGAGUUAUCUACUAAAGGAACUUGCAUGUUACAAGAACCCCUUCAUUCACACAAAUCCUGGAUCCCGAAAAUACCCUUCCAGAACUUGUCCUUACUACAAAUCCUUUGGCUGUAACUAUGUACCAACCGGGAGGGUACUUCCUCGUAAGAGGCUAAUGGGGAUGCGCUGCUGGACGGGGUCGCAUUUUCACGAUUGGAUUGACUAGAAUGGGGUUCGCAUUUUCAGUAGAGGUACUAGAAUGGGGUCGCACAUUUUCAGAUUUGGGGGUAAGAAAGUUCUUCAUAUUUACGGCUAGCAAACAUACCAGAAUGUUUGUACUGAUGGUGAAAAGUAAAGUGUUCUUCAUUCAAUUUGAAAAAUGGGGCUAAUUCAUUUUAGGAUGACCUAUUUAAAGGUUUGAUAAGGUACAUGCAUAAAUAGAGUGACUAAGUUGGGAUCACGAAAAUUACAUAUUUGACCAAAAGUGACUAAGAUGAGGUCUACAAUUGGCCACAGAGUAGACUAUAAUGGGGUAGGGGCUCUGACACGCCAGAGGCACAUACCCAGCAAAAAUUAACCCAAGUACACCCCCAACCCCCCCGACCGUACCUUACAUAAUUAUACAUUUACCCCCCUCUAACCCCCCAACCCUUCCCCCUCGGUAACAAUAUUAUUAUUUUUCUUUUGGUAGCCUGUGAUCUUUAACUUAUUCACUGUCUUUCCUUCCUUUUACAGAAUAACAAAAUAAUAACUGCAUCAGACAAUUCUGUCCUGGCCUUUACUUUUCCAGAGGUACAUUUAAUUUGAUGUAAUAUAAGUUCAGCAAGGCUGUGCUCUAACGGCGCCCGGUCGCCUGAGGCGACUAACAUUUAGCUUCGGGCGACUGAAAAAAAGUUCCCGGUUGCCCGGCCGGGCACUCUUGCUUCUGGUGGAGUGUUCAGUUAAGCAGGCAGAAAAAUUUAACAUAAUAGCGUUGGCUUGUUGAGUCGGAGUUUACUAAACCCUACAGAAAAUGUUUUACCAAUGUUGUACGGAAGAAACGGGCGCGCGUUAGACUACGAGCAGUCCCCCAUUUUUCCUCAGGGAUAGUAGAGCGAACGAAACGCGAGCACGCGUGAAAAUCACCCCACGCAAGAAAAGGCGACACGCGGUGGGGAGAGAGAAAAAAUGAGGGACUACAGACAAAGCCCAAGCUUUUGACCCUUUACGGCCGACUGAUUUUGGAGUGUGAAGUUCGUAUCCCUUUCCAAAUCAAUUAAGCGCAUCCAAUGGGAUUCCUUCCCUUAUUGAGCUGUCACUGCUCUUGUCUUCGGUAAACUGCGGGGGAUAUUUAUUGCAAGCAAAAGAAAACCCAGAUACUAAUAUUCUUCACAGCUGUUUCGCGUGAAGAACUUGAUAGUGUAGGCAACACGCGACUUUUACUCAUGCCAAAAUGCUGCUUGUUUCUCUGACGGGUAGAUAAUUUAUGCUCUGGAGGAAAACGUUUUGACUGAGCAAAUGUGAUUUUUGCCACUUAUUUCAUACUGAGAGGUUGUGACACGCAUAUUAAUUUUCUGCGGUUAUUGUUUAUGGUCGGCAUGAUUUGCCUUCCGGUGCAAAAGAAUUUUCUUUGACCUCCUUUGAAAAGUAAAGCUCUUCAAUGCGGCCAAAAAAAGGGUUUUGGGUUGUUUAAUUUCUCCGGUGAUUGCCUCCAGGAUCUAAAUAAUUUUAAGCGAUUUUCUUUUUGGCCGUGAAUGUGACGGUUUCCUGCAAUGUUUUGUCACGCUGGGCCCAGCUCGUUAGCGUUUUUAGCAGGACGGAUAGUGAUGUCCAAAUCUCGAAGAAUGGAUUGCAGCUUAAACUAAAACUACAUUAACUAUGGAGAACUGCGAUGUGACUCAGUCAUGACUGCUCAUGAAUUUUAACUGCCGCUUGUUUUUCUGGAGAUAAUGUGAGUAGUUGGACUGGAGCACGUAGUUCCUCCCUUGGUGAUAACUUUUGAAUUAGCUUAACAGCCUUGUGACUGUCCUAUUAUUCCCACUUUGUGAUCAGGCAAGACCAUGGUUUCGGUUCUCCGGUUCUCUCAGUUGCCGGGUUGGCUUUCUAAUUUAGUUGCUUUUACAAGAGCAACUGUAGUGUUCUUAGCGUUCUGUGCUGUUGUUUGUUCUGCUCUAGUUAUUUGUUCUGUAAAUUGUGAUUAUGUCGAGUGUUGAUAGCGGCUGGCGCGUUUUUGACAGAUGUUGACAGAUUUCCAUGGAAGAGCCAAUCAGAGUUUUGCGUUGUGAGAGCAACGCAUUAGUUCAAAAGCUUGGGCUUUGUCUGUAGUCCCUCAUUUUUCUCUCUUCCCGCCGCGUGUCGCCUUUUCUCGCGUGGGGGUGAUUUUCACGCGCGCUCGCGUUUCGCUCGCUCUACUAUCCCUGAGGAAAAAUGGGGGACUACUCGUAGUCUAGGCGCGCGUCGAUGUUCAAAGGUCGUUCUGCAUGAUUUCACAUGUAACAUAAUCCAUCACUUUGAACGUGACAAGCGGCACGAUUUUCGAUUUGUACCGCUUCUCAAAAUAGUUUUAAAAUUUUUUGUUUGAGAUAGAAUGGUUCAUUAGGUACAGUUUUGAGGAGAAACUGUCAAUACUUUUCUGACAGACGUAGAGCGCGGCUGGCGACGCGGAGUAAUUUAUUUUCGUAUAAAACGGAAGUUGCUGUAUUGAGCAGUAUGCAAAUGUAAUGUUUUACGGUUUUUGGCUGCUGUGUCUGCUUGGCUAAAACAUAACGUAUGAUUGUUUUCUUCCCUUUUACACAAGAUAACGAAAUAUAAACAGAAAAGAUAUGAUCGUUCUGAUCAUUUUUAUUGUUGUUUUAGAAACAGGGUAGUUUCACGUUGUCUUGGCAUUUUACGUAUCGAAAACUAAAUUCGCAUGGAUGCAUAUACAACGGCCAAAAAAAAUAAUAAAAACACGGAAAGAAGAGCUGGUUUACGCUUCGACCGUAUCCACGAAAAGCUCAGUUACCCUAAAAGAUUCACUGAUAAUAUAGAAAAGAAAAUUAAAUAUGACUUAUUUUUUAUUAAACAAUAGGUUAGGGCGCGGCGGUUUCACUGUUUCACGGAAUUCUUCACGGAAACUUGAGUUCGAUCUGCUGCGUAUAAAACUCCGUCACAUUAUAUUUCAUGCCGCAUUGAUUCACCUUUUGAAAAUUGAUUUUCAGGUUUAGUAUUACUGGUAAAAAGCACAGUUUUCCUUGACCCAAAGAUCUUAAUGAAGUUUACGUAAACCUGCUGAAAUUUUUCUACUUUUCCCUCUUUAAGACCAAAACAAUUCGGCGGCAUUGCUCACGUUUCUGGUUUUAAAUCUGAAUGGCACGAAAACUUUGAUGGGUUUCAUAAGACAACAUGCGGGUUUUUGUCAAACCCAAAAGCUAAAAUUGCCGACUUUGGUGAUCAGCAGGCCAGUAAGAUUCGUGUGCAUAAAAAAAAGUUCCAUCAGAUGUACUCGGGCAACCAACUUGAGAGGCCUGGGCACCCGGGCUGGAACGCUUGGGAGCCCGAAGGGCUCCGAGAAAUUUUUAUUCGGGCGACCAACUUUGAGGUCUGGGCGCCUAAACUAAAAUGCUUGGGAGCCCGAAGGGCUCCCUGAAAUUUUCCUUAGAGCGCAGCCUUGGUUCAGGUUUAGUCAAUUAUGAUGUUAGUAUUAUUAAAUUUUCUCUGUCAUUUGGCCAGUAUUUGUAAACUUGAGUUAUUGAUUUUCCUUGUUUUAAAUUGCAAUAAAAUGUGGCUUUAGCAUUUUUGUCUUUAUGUAUGUGUUGUAGUUAAUUUUUAUUUUUAUUUUGUUUCAAAUUCAUUAGUAUAAAUUACCAUACCCAAAAACAAAAGAAAAACAAAAAUUACCUGAGGUACCUGAAAAUAACUACACCAUAAUUACAUUUACUGUUAACUUUCCAAUAUUUCCUGGGAAUAGAAGGCCUUUUUAAGCUAACAUUAAUUUUGUCUGAUUUUAGUCCAAGUUUGGGUUACCAGGGUCCAACUGUAUGCAAGAUUCUUUUAAAGAAAAUUAUUUAAAACUAAAUUGAAUGCAUUAAAUACAUGUAUAUAUGUACAUGUACAGAUACAUGUAUAAAUUAUGUAUACAGCCUAUGUAUAUGUAUUUACGAUUAAUAUUAAAAUGAUCUCUGUGUUUGUCUCAGGGAUCCCCUGAUGGAAUCCUUACCAGGUUUACAGCUCCUGUCAAUCAUAUUUGCUUUGACCACUCAGGGACACUUCUGGCAGCGGGAUCAAGGUGCAGUGAUACAUAGCAUAAAAUGAUCUCCUCUCAUGUUUCUCUUUCAGUAUAAUGUUUAGUUCUCACACACAACUGGGAGCCAUGCCAAGCCGACCAUGCAGCCCGACCUUUAUUAUAUCAACACUAUGAAUCAUUAGUGUUACAGCACCAAAAGACGGCUAACAAAACAGCUGAAACUGAGCCUAUAUGCAAUAGAUUAACACACAAGAAUAACCAGAACUAAGGCACUACUUGAAAUCCUACAACCCAAAAAACUCAUGGAGGGUGGGCAGGGAAGUUCAGGCAAUGGCGGAAGGCAACAAAAACAACUGAACUGUGAAACGCCAGCCCACGUGACCUGAAGACCCCCUGCACACUCGAAUCCAUACUCCCAGCCACAGGGGAGAAAAACGUUUUCCACUUCUUUCGUUACUCAGCCAGUGGAAAACCGCACUUCCCUUUAAAGUUUGAUCAUCAUCAACUUUCUCCUAACACUACCAAUACAUAUCAAGAGGUAAGGUUAUGAGAAUAUGAUAGGAGGCAGGAUGGUCAAGUGGUCAGCACGUCGGACUGGCGUUCUGGCGGUCCUGGGUUUGAGUCUUGCUCUGGCCACUUUGCUGGAUUUGUUCUCGGUCGUCCUGAAUUCAGAUCCUUGGCCAUGCUUGUAAAUCCCCAACUGGUUGCCUCCUCCCAGUUGGGGUUCUUAAUCAUGUUAUGAUUAUAAACAAUUAUUGGAUGAGGUUUUUGUGAUAUCAGGAAUAAUCAAGGUCAAGGUAAGUGUUGAUAACACUAACCGAGACCUUGAUUAUUCCGGAUAUCACAAAAACCGAAUCUAAUAAUUGUUUUAUUAUACAAGCCAUUCUUAUUUUUUUAUUAUAGAAGCCAUUCUUACUUCGCUGUCUGCAAACUUGACAUUGCUGUCCGUGCACUUGACAUUGCUCUUGGAAAUCAUGCAUUGCACGCGCAACCUACAGAUUAUUCACUAAUUUGUAGGUACAGAUUAGUGAAUAAUCUGUAGGUGGCACUGUUUCCCAGAAGUAACUGUAGGCUUUUAGCCAAUGAGAAGACAGAUGGUGACUACAAUGUAUAAUAAUUUGAAUUAUUUAUCUCUAACAUCUGAGUGGAGUGCAUGUACAUGUAUGCUUGCUGAAUAAGCUACAAGUCAUGUAAGUUUACUUUCCAACACAAAUGAUGAAAAAUCUGCUUCAAAACAACACAUCUCUCUACCUUCAUGGAAGCUACAGUACUUAAGGGAACGCGUCCAAAUAUCGGUAGGCAACCCGAUCAUGGGAAACGGACCCGAUUAAUUUUCCGAUUGAUCGGAAUCGGUACCUAUCUGUAGGCACUAGUUGCCGUUUCCGAUAAUGAUAAAAACUUUGCCGAUUCGAUCGGAGCCAGAAACAUUCCGAUGUGGAUAAUGGGGUAUCACAUUCAUCUGAUAAGGAUAUGUGAUUCUGCAAACAUGUCACGAAACCAAAUAAUGAAAGAGUCAUUUCACUCAACAAAACAGUCUUUAAAACUUGCUUUGUUCUCAAUAGUAAAAUAAUUAUAACAAUACUUCAGUAGAUGUUUUUUCGCCUUAUAAGUUGGUUCGAAGAUGUCUACAAGGCUGUUCGACGAUUUGUUUUCUGUCAGCCGAUCGGUAAUUGCUUACAAACUUUUCCACGCUGUUCUAACAAAAUGUAGAGCGAGUCAUAUUUCGAAACCUCUCAUAAAAAUUCGUGACUGCCUAGCGGCCAAACUGAAAACCGACAGAACAAUAAGAAUAUUCAGCGUAGGCCGGUAAAACAACAUUCUUAUAAUAGAUUAUAUAUAAAAUAAGUGUACUAACUUGCUGUUUAUUUACAAAGCUUAUUCAAACUUGUAGUUGUCACCUGUAUAACUAUAACUUGUAAACAUUGCUUUCAAGCUAGUUUUGUAUUUUGUAUUUUGUUUCACUUGCAAUUAAAAGUUUAUCAUAAUUCAAUUCACUUCUGAUGAGCUGAAAAUAUAGGGAACGGCGUUUUCAAGUUGCUUCUGCCUACGUAUCCAAUACGUAUCGCACGUCGCAAGCCGGAUCGUUAAAAGCAGUUUUCUUUCCUUUCUUUAACUCGAGUUAAUACAUUUUAUAGAAAGCUUUGUUUUAUCUCGUUUCAGAAAAGAGCGAAAAAUUAGUUGUUUCUUUUAAAAAAUUCGGAGCGUCAACGGAAUGUGCAAUCAACGUAACAAUGAAAGAUCCAGUGAGUUUGACUCGACGAGAGAAGUUUACAAGCAAAUAAACAACUUGCCUGAUUCUAGCCGGUUCAAGUUCGCUCCUGUACACGCAAUGUCAUGAAUGCCUGAUCUGACAGUAUUCUGUCCCCUAUUUUCUUGGCUAAACGAUUUUAAAAUUCCUCCAGCAAGGAUUCUUCAAUCACGCGUUUUGGAUUCUAAGGUCGUAAAUGCAUUCAGCGCGCUAUCUUUCGCUUAAAGAUGCUCGAUACAAAAAUUCUUCAUCUUGUCUGGUAUUGUCUUCCAUAAGAACUCUUCGAUGAAGGCAUUUGUCGCUAAUUUUUUUUGAAACAAUACACAUUUCAGAAAGACAAGAUACAAUACGGCGAUAAACACUUGGUCUUACCCAGCCUGUUUGUGCAUUGAAAACUCAAUCAUUCACGCUUUGCUUUUGUUGACAUAAACAUUGCCCUAUAUAAUUUUUGUCAGUAACGUAGCGUGACCGACGAUUUCAACCCUUUGACAAACGCUGACAGAUAUAAGUCAACAUUUGAUGAAUUCUGUUAAUUGGCCCGAUGAAGAAUUUUGAACGGUGCCAAUUCCGUUUCAAUCGGUACCGAUUGAAAACGGAAUCGGAAAAAAUCGGCACCCGAUUGAUCGGCAUCGGCGUGACCUGAUGCCGAUAUUUGGACGCGUUCCCUAAUAAUAAUAUUUAUUAUUUAUAGUGCACUUUUUUUUAUGAAAACAGUCAUAACACCACAACUGUUAAGGGUGACUUAAGGUGAUUUGAAGGAAAAAGAAUCCUUUAACAUCAUACUUGAUAAAUAUUGAUUUACUUACUAGCAGCAGCAUAGUUUAUUUCAACAAAUAUUGAAAUAAAAGCUAUAACUACAAUUAUUGUACACUUUAAUUGUAAUUUUGCAGUGAUUUUAAUGUGAAAGUAGUGACCGUGGCUGAUGGAAGUCAAAAGAUACUCAAAGGUCAUGCAGCUCCUGUGUUGAGUGUUACAAUAGACCCCAAGAACCAGUACCUGGUAAGUUGGAUUUUAUUUAGUUAUUUUUUUAUUUUUUUUAAAAUAAAAAAGACAAAUGAAGGGCUCUGUCCAAAAACUUCUUCUUCAGGCUUUUUUUAAAAUCUAUUUAUGGCCUGUAAGCUUUGUGCUUGGGUCAUAAAAUUAGAUAAAUAAAAACUUGAUCUGUGAUUUACAGUAUAGACCUCAAACUCAGAUAAUUAGAGGUAUGUUUUUUUAUUGUUUAAUUUAGGCUUCGUCAAGUUGUGAUGGUACUGUGAAGAUAUGGAAACUGGAGGAUCAGGUUAGACAUUUUAUUUGCCAUGUAAUUUUGGAUCUUCAACUUUAAACAUACAAUUCCUUCUGUCUGGUGUAAUGAAUACAAUUUAACCAGUAAAGCUGGGAGAUUUGUUUAAAUUAAUAAAAGCAGCUUUUACUGUAUUUAUGUUUUAGCUAGACAAUUUUUUCCUUUUAAGGUGCAUAUGCAUUUUUAUUAUAUAAACACCAAUGAAAUACCAGGUGAGCUUUCGCACGAAAACAUGAUAUCUUCACACGUGAAAAUAACAUGUUAUUUUCACAUGUGAAAAUAUCACCGUUGCUAUAUAUGACUACAUAAUAAAUCCUUCCUUUCACAGGAAAAAACUGUUUCAUUGAAAUGGUUUGGUAUUUCAUUGGUGUUUACAUAAAAAAUAGAACAUACAUGGCCACUUGGAGAUACGAAAUUUCUCUUCUCGUGUUGAAAAUAUUUCACGAGUGAGCACAGCGAACUUGUGAAAUAACUUUCAACACUCGAAGAGAAAUUUCGUAUCUCCGUGUGGCCAUGUAAUAUCCUCUAUUUAUCAUUCUUUUACAGACGAGUGUGACAUCAUUAUCUAUCCUUCCUAAAGUAAAUGAUGCAAGGUGGGCGUUCUACAUUGUAUGAUUUUUGUAUGAUUUCACAGUUUUAAAAUGAAAAAACUUUUGAAAAAUAGUAAUUAGUCAGCUAGCUUUUUUCUGUAAUGAAAAAGGAAAUGAAAUGAAGUUGUACCAUUAAGAAAAUAGACAACGAAAUAUUUUUUUUUCUUCUUUUGAGAAGACGCUUGACAAUGGUACAAAAAAAUUUUGUCAUUUUGGUAAAAGUGGGGAAAAGGUAACAUCUUGAAAGAUGUUGCUUUCUUAUUAAAAAUUUUUCCUUUGAAUGAGCCAUCAAAUUUUUAUUCCCACCAUAAUAACCCAUUUAUUGUUGAAAAUUAAUGGCAUAUGCUAAUACAUGUAGAAACUCAAGGAAAGUACACAACAAUGUAUCAGUAAUUGCAUGAAAAAGAUUUACAGUGGUCAUACAAGGAUUUGAAUAUUCAUUUAUCAAAUAAAGUUAUCAGUUAGCCAGGAAUAUUAUCUGGUAUUAUUGAUUAAUAUCGUAACGUUUCCUCAAAGUUGUAUUUCCAAGCCAUCUAUUUACCUGGCAAUUGGAAAUCUUAUAGCCUGCGAAAACAUCCAUUUCUCCUUGCUCUUCGUCGAUGGGGACGUUUCACGCGGAGGAACGUCUGCAACUCAGCGACAGAAAUUCCAUACUGAUGACGUAAAAUCUGUCCGGAAUCCGGGCAGAAGCGCUGAUUGGUCGACGGAGUAGUUACAUUGUUUUAGCUAUUGUUUUCGAAUGACAGACAAAAGACAAAAGGCCACAAAGGUCAAAUGUAAACGCAAAGAAUCCCUAACAAAAUAGUCAAUAUUUGUGGAAUAUAGUCUUCUCUAGAAGAAGCAUUUGAGUUUUACUGGAGCUCGUUGGCAGGUGAACACAACACUUUACCAAAAUUGACCAGAAGACACGUAAAAUUGGACAAAUUUGUAUUUGGAACCCCAUGACUACUGGAUUUAUUAUGUAAACAUUGGUUUGCGUCAUCAGUAUGGAAUUUCUGCUGCUGAGUCGCAGACGUUCCUCCUCGCGAAACGUCCCCGGCGGCGAAGAGCAAGGAGAAACAGAUGUUUUCGCAGGCUAGAAAACUUUUUGACAAACCUGAUCAUUCAAUAAAAACUAGAUAGCAUAGGCAAAUUAAAAAUGUUCCUAAACACAGGAUUUGACUAAAAUACAUCAAUUAGGCAGGGAAUCAAUCACCUAGGGAUUUGUUUUGGUUCUAUAUUUCUUCUACUUUCCAAUAAAAGUAGCCGGGGACCACACCCAUAGAAGCCAGGGAAAAUCCCCGGCACCCGGCUCUUAAUGACAGCCCUGAUGAUUAAAUCUGGCUUGAUUAUAUUGCAGGAUUUCAAGGACACUUUGUCGUCUUGCCUGGCAGCCAGGGAGUGGCAAGGUAUUGACAGUGUAGUUAUCCAAAUGCUUAUUUUCAACGACUUACAAGUUAAUAACAUUAUUUUAUUAACUUGUAAGUGGUUGAAAAUAAGAAUUUUCAGUAAUAAAAUUAAUUGCAGUUCAAAAUUUGACAGGGAUCUCUUUGUAUCUGCUUCCCUUGGUCAUACUUGUUAAAAUGAGUACUUUAAUAAUUUGAUAAUCACCUGUCACCUAAUUAAAGGAGAAAUGAGUUUUGUCCUUGAAUACAUGUACUGAGGUGCUGUUAAUUUGUCAAAGUUUUGUGUCAGUAAUACUUGUUUGUUUUGUGUCAGUAAUACUAGUUGUACAUGUAAGUGUACCCUGGUCAACUACUGAUAAACCUCUAGAUUCUUCUAGCCAAUCAUAUAAUAUUAUAUACCUUUGAGUCAAAAGAAGAAUUUCUUGUUAGAUCAGCAGUCAAAGAGAGCCUUGUUUCACACAUCCUAUGAUUUUCUUUGGUUCAUCUGAGAUCAGGUUUCCUCUUCACUGUGAAUUUAAGAAAUAAAACUGUUGCUUGUUAAACUGAUCUGGUAUGUGAUAUAAAGGUGGAUAUAUUUAUGAUCUGUGAGUCUUGGCUAAAAGUAAAUGAUUCAGCAGUUCUGAGUGAGCUCAGUCUGCCAGGAUAUAAAGCUCUCUGCCAUUGUCCACAAGCUGACCAGACUGGUGGUGGGACAGCACUUUUGUCAAGGGAUGGUAUAGAGGUUGUCAAAGUACUUCCAGUGACAAAAUUGUCAUUCGAGGUUUCUGAAUGGCUGGUCAGUACAGGGGCAACACUUUUUCGGGUUACUGUUAUGUAUAGACACCCAGUAUCCAUGAGCAUCUUCAUCAAUGAGUUUAUGAACUACCUUGAAUCAGUUGUCAUGUCUAGUGAACCAUUGAUCUGGUGGUUUUAACAUUUAUAUGGACAUGUCUCACAAUCCAGAUACUAUUAUUAUCUUACAUGUAGAGGAAUUGAUUGACAAAAAGAAAUAAAGACUGUAUGACACUUUUACCACAAAGGAUAUUCCCUGGAAACUUGUGUCCCUCGCAAAAGGAAUGCUAGGCUGGCACAUUCAUGUACUUCCAGUCCAGUCGUCAUUGGCAUUGCAUUGAUUUUCUUAAACUGUAUACCUGCCAACCUUUCUUGGGUCAAAGGCAUAAGAUUAUUAUCCUGGAAGUGCCAGGAAUUUUCCUAGGGGGACCCAGUCAUAUCCUAAUAUGUACAUGUGUAUUCUAAAGUUUUCUGAAGGUAUUCUUGUACAUUCUAUGAGUUCCGGUGUUCUCGCGAAAAUGAUCUUGCCCUCUAGCACUGGAGAUUUUGGAGAAAUUAAAUCAUUCACAUGGACUUUCCUUUUCUUUCAUUGAUACUGGUAAAAAUGUAUUUCUCAAAAAUGUGUCAGCUAGCUAUUUUUAAUAGCUGAAAAAACAAAUUCAUUGGCAGGCAUGAGUAGUCUUGAGACUGACUUUUCCAAUCUGCAGGCAAAAGACUCAUGGCUAGAGGUUGCACAUUUAGCUUACAGAAGCCUGGCACUAAAUUCUAUUUUUGAAUUAAUUUUGAAUUAUUUUUUUCUGGAAAUAAAUUGCAGUAUGUAGCUGUGCCUGUGGACAAAGCUGUGAAGGUAGUAAUAAUAAAAUAUUAUUUUAUAAUAGAUGAUAAAAAAAUAAUAUUAUAUUGCAUUUAAAUGCAAUUCUAAUGUGUUUUCAGCAAAGAGUGUCAGCAGUGCUAGUUGUCAGUGGUUGGUCUGUAGGCACAUGCACAUAGUUCUCAACAUCUUUGGAGGAGCAUGUGUUUUUAGCAGCAUGAGGAGUUUUUCCCAGUGGGGUUACUUGGGUUAAUUUUUGCUGGGUAUGUGCCGCUGGCCUCUCAGAACCUACCCCAUUAUAGUCUAUUCUGUGGCCAUAUUAUAGACCCCAUCUUAGUCACUUUGGGAAAAAAGUAAUAUCCUCAAACCCAACCUAGGUAGUCACCUUCUGUUUAUGCAUUGAUCUACGUUACAAAGCCUUUUAACUUGGUCAUCCUGAAAUGAACCGACACAUUUGUUAAACUUAAUGUGGUGUAAAUAUUUCUAUUUUUAAAUCCUAACAUACCUGAAUUUUAUGAUCCCAAAAUCCUUAGAAUGUGCGACCCCAUUUUCCCCCAUUAUUGUUUUUGACAGGGUUUUUGAUCCCCUGUUCCCCUCUCUUUGCCCCAUUUCUUUCUGUCAAAUACAAUGUAUUUCACUGCAAUGACUGUCUGGCUGGGUGGUGGCUUGUACACAUGAGGGUGUUACUGCUGAAAGUGGAAACCCCUGAAUAUUCCUGGCACCCAGCCUUCCUCGAGGGAUGCCGUUGUUACAUGUAACUGACCAAGUUGGAUCCCUUCUCCUGCAUAAUUAAAAUGUAAUUGUCUCACAGAGACUGAACUUUUGACAAUAAUGAUGUUAUGGUUAUUAUUAAUUAUGGGCUUUUUUGGUUAAAUAUUUGUUUUCAAAGGCAUGCUCUAGCAUUAGUAACUUUGCAACAUAGUCGUUUAAUUUUUACUGGUACAGACACAACAUUUUUUAAGAUUUUUGCCCCAGCUUAAUGUUAUCAGAAUCAACUAGUUUGGUAAAUAAAAAUUUGCUAUUCAGCCUUGACUUUAUGCUCUUGAUUCUAGGUUUAUGAACGGGAAAGCUGGAAAAAUGUCUUUAACCUAGAAAAAGAUGGCCACAGUGAGGUAUUUGUAUAGUCCCAUGUCAAUUUAAUAAGAAUCUUCUAAUCUUCAAGCAUAAAAAUAAAAAUAGCAGAAUUUUGAUACAGUAAGUUUUUAAUACUCUGAUGUUUUCAGUUAGUGUCUAUUGUUUCUUGGUCACCCUGUGGAAACUUCAUUGCAUCUGCUAGUAUCAAUGGAGAGAUCUUCAUUUGGAAAAUGUCUUCCCAAACAGUCAUAGAAAGGUAUUUUGUAGACUGAAUCAUUUUUUUUGUUAUAUUAUUUAUAAACAUUUUUACCCUUCACAUUGGGCUCUGGUAGGGUACAAGGAUACACUGUGGUAUUUUCAUGACAAUAAUAAAAAUUAUUGAAAGGCUAAUUUAUACAAAAAUGACUCCAAAUUGGAAAUGACAGGGCAACCAGGGAAGUCAUUAUUUUUACGAAUGGAGCUCUUUAAUUACACCUUGGAAUUCAAAAGUAUUCAACAUCCUUUUUUUAAACUCAUCUGUCCUUGCUGUUUCUGUUCCUUUAUUUGUCAGAAUAAACCACGAAAGUGGUCAAACUAUCUGUGGCCUGGCAUGGAAUCCUAAAGGCAACAAGGAACUUGCUUACACAGACAACCAGGUGAGUUUUUACUUAAAUCAGAGUUCAUUGCUUGGUAGACACAACUUGUAAGAUGACUGUAGCUGUACUACUGUAUGUCCAUGGAAGUGUUGACAUCAAGUGUCCAAAGUUACCAAGCAGUGGAUCACGUUUGUGACCAACAUCAAUUUUCUCCUGACAAAUUUCAGUAUAUAGUCACGUAGAAAGAUUAUCAGAAUUAAUGAAAUGAUCCCUAAAGAGAAUAUGCUUUGAUCUUUUAACAAAUUCUCUCAACCAAUUUUUCAAGAAAUGUAUGGAGGCCGGUCUGAAGAAUUUGUAUGUUGAUCUUGGGGCUUAAAGGGUUAAAGGGGCUACAUGUAUGUUAUGCUAUUAGCCAUCUUUUUAAAAAGCUUAAGCUUCGCAUCCAUUGAAUUCCAAAAAAAAGGUUCAGUUUUGUCAUUCGUAACCAUAUUUACGCAUUGAACAGGGUACAAAGUCAGUUUUACCGGGCUAGCUGUAGCUAGCAUAUACUAUCCCAAACAUCCCUUUAACUAGCCCCAAAAACAAUUUGAUGAUCAGGAUUGAUUACACAGUUCUUCUGUAAUUUGAAUUCUCAAACAACUCCACUUGCCCAUCGACAGGCAAGCUAAGAACAAAAUUCACGAGCCGAUAGCAAAAUCCACGAGCCCAAGGCUAUCGGACACUUUCUUUGCAUGCUGAUUGAAACUGUUUCCUUGUGUCUGUUGCAAUGAAUGGCAAGGAUGGACAUGGAUUGAAACUUGAAAAAGUUAAGCCCCCUUUUUAUUGAAAAAACAGUGACUUGGACAAAUGUACCUGUGACCUGUGGAACCUGACCUGAAAUCUCCCAGCCUAUAAAAUUAAUGCUUCGUUCUGCUGGUUUCAGCUUUCUGUGCUCUUCUGAAAAAGGAGGAAGCGUUGAUUGUUUAUUAAAUAAGCAAUCAAUGCUUCCUCCAAACAAAUUUUGCUUUCCUGACAGGGCCAGUUUGGUGUAUGUGAGAAUGUUGUGCCAAAAGAUGAAGUAAGUAAACUGCAAAAAAUUAACAUUAUUCUAUCUGACCUGAUUCAUGACAUCUUUCUUUGUUAGGCCUUUUUCAGUAGCUGGCUAAUGCAACCAUAUUUAAUGGUCUGACUUCUCAAAGUUAAACUUGCCAUGGGCUUUGAGAAAUUUUUUAACUGGCUCACAAUGAAUGUGUGCAUUGAGGCAAUUUAUGAUUCCUUUUUUUCAUUCACUACAUGAUUUUUUUUGUAAUCCUCUCAGUGAAAAUAAUGUGGAAAUGUCAUUUUAAAAAAAUAACUUGUCAAUGAUAGGUGCACUUAGGAGCUAGUGCCAGGCAUGAGGAAGGAGGUAUCCAUCAUAACCUGUAUCGGACAUUACCAAAGGCACAGACUGAAAUACUUUCAGAUCAUGAUUUUUCGAAAUUUGCAAUUUUUAAAUGAUUAAAUAGAGCUAAUCAAGAGCUUUCUUUUAAAAAAAAAUUCGAGGAAAAAAUGUUUUUUCUGUGCAGACUUAUGGAGCGCAAAAGUUUUUUCUAUGCUAAUUAUUUUAAUUGAUCGUUGACAAGUCCUGUCAUACUUGAUACGUAUGUCGCUGUUGAACCAAGCUAAUCACGCAAUUUGACAGAAAUCGUGGUCUACAAGUUUAGCACUCACUGUGUUUCCAGGAUUUUGUUAGCAAAUGCCUCCAAAGAAGAAAAAAAAGCUUGUCCGUUUUCGUACAUGACUCCAAGACUAAAGAAGAUGACAAAAUCGUUUUGCAAAGAGUGGGCUUCAAAAUUAGCAGAGAGCGACAGGGGCUACUACUACAAUCAAGAAAAAUGCUAAAAGAUGACAAAGCCCCUGAAAAACCAUUGAAACCCCCGCGGAAUUGAGUUUAACGAGUUUCUUAGCAAGUGGGGCAAGCUUUUUUGGGCGUGAAGCGACAAAGGCGGGCGACGAAGUAGCGAGAGGUCCCACGCCAUAUAAAAAUCGGAUGAAGGACUGUUUUGAAAGUCUAUUGUAGUGGGAGAGAAGCUUCAAGAAAAACUCCAGGAAGCGGUUUGUUGUCAAUUUUUCCAGGGAAGUGUCGAACUGUUAGAAAAUGACUGUAUCAAGUAAAAGUGGGCUUGGCUCAACUUGGCUUGCCCGGUGCGAAAAUGAACACUGCCCGUCGCAAACAGGUAAUGAUGCUUUCAUACAGAAAGUAUUGAACAGAGCAGAGCCUCUGAAAUAAAUUGUUGUCAGGUUUCGUUUUAACCUUUUGUCGCUAUUGUUGUCCCUUCUCUGGUAUGCAUCAACUUUGACAGCUUUGGUGUUAUAAUCUCGUCACGGGUAAUACGCCGCCAAAAUUCUUUUUCCACUGUUUUCUCGAAAUGAAAAUCAGGGCAAGUUGAGGGUACGUUUUAAACUCCAAGUCGGCAACCCGUGAACCAAUUUGGCCGAAAUUUGGCCAACUUACUGUCGGAUAGUUUUUCUAAAAAACAGUGUCUGCGAAUUUUGAUUUCUUUUUUUCGUUUUUGAGUUAGAGUAGUUUUUUCACAGGUAGUGCUAAUGAUUUACUAUCCCUAACUUCAACUUCUUAUAACAAAAGAACAAACGCACUUGACAAAAAUCUGAGACACGGUUUUUUAGUCAAACCUGUUAUAAAAAGAAGCCAAUGCGAUCUUAAUUGGCUUCUUCCGUUUAUUUUUGGCUGGCCUGGACUUAAAUUUACAGUGACACCCACUUUCACAAAAAGCUUCUCAUUUCUAAAUCGCGUUAAUAUUUUGAGUUUUUAAAAGGAAUAAGCAACAAUCUGGAACUAUUAAGCUUUCAGAAAAUGUACAGUUUAUGGGGGUAUUUAUUGAAAGCAAAAGCAGUCUACCACCGAUCAACGCAAGGAGGGUGCUUGAGGGUGGAUGAUACCUUAAACCUGUAAUAAAAAUGUGCUUUGAGUGCUUUACUUAAAAAAGAGAAUGUGGUUUGGAGUAAAAAAUGCCUCCACACAGUAUUUAAAAAAUGGGGAGAUGCUGGUUAGGUUUCCAGCCUACAUGUAUCCCUGUGUAUCUUUAUUCUGUACAUUAAUCUACUGUAUGUUGGUGAUGUUUCCAAAGCUUAAAACCUUCAAGCCCCCUACAUCUUUGGAUGACAAAAUGGAUGACAUCCUUCUGGCAACAGCCAUAGAUGGAGACAGUGAUGAUGAACAACUUAUAGUUGGGAAGAAAAAACAGAAGAGCAAGUCUAAUGCUUGGAUUGAUGAGGAGGCUGAUGAUGAUGACGAGGAUGAUGAAUUUAAAGGUAAUUCAGUGUUUGGCAGAGGGAUUUCAGGGUUACUUUUUGUAAUAAUUAUUUCCUGAAAAUUCAAUUGCUAUGCUCCUUGAACCAAAGCCAACAAUAUUUUAUCUGGCCAAGUCACCAUUUUUGGCUAGACAAAACAAGAUGAGGUCAACCUUAAUCAGGGACACUAAUUUAAAUAAACACUUCCCUUAUUUUUGCCUUCCUGUCAUUCAUCUGUUAAUUAACUCAGCUUACACUAAAAACUUCAAAAUGCCUCAAAUGUUUUGUUUUUAGGUACAUGUAGCAUAAAAUGUUAUUUGUAAAAAAGUCAUUGUGAAUUAAUUUUUGCAAACUCAUUUUUAAUUAUUCAUGCAGUCAGAAGCCAAUAAAUGACUACCAUGUGGGUCACGUGGAUGAAUCUUGAUACCUAAUGAAAAACCACCAGAUUUUCAUCUGAGAUAAACCAUGUUCUUCAUCUGAGAACAAACAUCUGAUUAAAAUGCAAUAAUUGCAUUUUAAUAAGAUGUUUUAUUAAUUAAUACAACUCAUGGAAACAAUGCAAUACCAGAGAAAACAGUUCAUGGCAUAAUUUUUUAUUGUUCAUUAAUUUGAGAAGACUGUCGAAAACUCACCGGGCUUUGUGCCUCAUCUCGAUCUCACUCGGCCUACGGCCCUGUGCUUUCAUCUUUUUCUUGGUGUUUGGAACCCAUGACGAAGCACUCACCCUUGUUUUUGAUAUAAUAUCAUAGGUGAUGAAUUACUCCUUAAUUUUGGCGUGAAAUUUCAGCAUUAAUUUGUAAUUUUACAUGUGAAAUUACAAAAUUGCCAUGGCAACCCUUCCGUACGUCUCAGUGUCAAGAUGGCGAUGAAGUUUUAAAAUGCCGUGAAUGAAGAUGUCAGGGCACAAAAAGAUGCUUUAGAAAACCUGAACACACAAGAGAACAUCAAGAAGGAUUCUAACAGGUAUUUUGCCGAAAAAGUCUGAAAAAUUCUCAACUUCAUAAGCCAAAUUUAAGGUCUAAACAUUUGAGAGAGUGGAGUUCUCGAUCAAUACGAUCCAGGAUAAACAUGUCAAAACUCCAAGAUUGCUAACGUAAUUCGUCACCCAUGAUAUUAAUAGGUAAUCAAAUGGAAUACUCGUGAAAUAGGGAAUAAUUUCACUUGCGUUUUGUCCAAAUCCUAAUAAUUUCCCUCGCCUGAAGGCUCGGAAAAUUAUAAGGAUUUGGAAAAAACAUGCAUGAAAUUAUUCCCUAAUUUCACUCGUCACCAUUUGAUUACACAUACUAAUUGUUACUAAUUUUCAUCAGAUAUUCGCAAACUAAAGGCUGCUCUAGCAACACCAUUAGACUUUGGUGACGGUGACAAUGACAUGGAUGUUGAUACUGGCAGUGAGGUGUCUGCAGCUCAGGCGCCAAAGAAGGUGAAUGCAACUUCAGUAAAAAAUGAUUUAUCAAGAAAGUGAUUCAGAAAUGGAAAAUUUAACCUGGGUAAUAAAACAAGGAAGAUGUAUAAUGGUUAUUAUCUUGUGAGCGUGGGGCAAGAAAUAUGGUAUCACAGGAUGCUGCAGGAUCUGAACCAGGGCACAAUUUUUUUGAAAUUUUAAAUUCUAAAGCUUUUUUUACUUGAAACAUAUCCUUUGCAGAUAAAUCAGUUUCAAUGUAACAGUCUCUCAGUGAGCUCUGUAUUAAUUAGGCCAUUCAUAUAACAUGCCACUGAAAUAAUUCUUUGUUGCAGUGGACAGAGAUAAGGUAACCAAAAAAGUUAAACAGUUACAAAUCUGCAGUGGAUAGAGUUAAAUGGUAAACAGAAAUGAAAGACAUGUUCAUUUGUCACAUCAGUUUUUCUCAAGUAUGUAUUUUAUGGGACAAUCAAUUAAACCAAGUAGGGAAGAAAAAAUGAACAGAUUGUUAGAUUUGGUGUGUACUUACAGUCCCAAAAGAAAAGCCAUUAUACAGUAUUAAAUUGUAGUUCAUAUUUUGCUGCAGGAAGUAGUCCAUACUCCAUUUGUUCCAGUGCUACAGCCAGCAUUCCAACCGAGCUCCACGCCCACUCAUCUAAUGCACAGGUUUAUGGUAUGUACUACACUGAAAGUAACAAAGUCCUGAUUUAUCUUAUCAACAAAUAAAAAGAUAAGGGUGAUUGAAGCCACUCACAUACUUAACAGCUAGUAAAAUGUGUAACGUCACUUAACAAAACAAGUUGCAUGUUUUUGUUACCUGUUCUACCAUUCCUUUAAGUAUGCUUCAGCCAUCUUUCAGCCAACGUCGUCUGGGUUUUGACUUUGUCUUAAUUACAUUUAGCCACAUUGAUAGGCAAUGAUUUUUAUACGAACUUCAUCAGGUUACUGAACAUAAAUUAAAAGGACUGGGCAAAUGUAACCACCGGAGAACGUUGGACUUGUGACUUCACUAUCUUGAGUUCAAUUAAUGUUUUUUUUUUCUAAUUUUUUUUUUUUAAGGUAUGGAAUUCAGUUGGAAUUGUGCGUUGUCACACGGAAGAUGAAAUAUCAUCAAUUGAAGUAGAAUUCCAUGAUACAAGCACACAUCACCCCCUGCAUUUGACAAAUCAUCUGAAUCACUCCAUGGCUGCUCUGUCAUCCACCGCCCUGCUGUUAGCCUGCAAAGCACAGGAUGACUUGCCCAGGUAGCAUUGUUAUAAAGAGAUUUUUAUGAACUUAUCUUGUUUUAUUUUGUUUUUGAUGAGCUGGUUACGUGAGUUGUGCUGUCUUGGUUUGAAGGGCUAGCUUUUUUGCUAAUAACUCAACAUGCCUCUUAACAAAAAAUGACAUUUUGGUUUUUGAGUACAUGGCAAUCAAUCCAGCCCCAUUAACCAAGAUUCUUGUAUUGCGAUGUCUUGUGUGUGGGAGAGUUGACUAAUUUUUGUACAUUAAACUUUCCAGUUGCUCAGCUUGAACUUAGAACUUAAUACGUUUUCAAAUUCUUAAGCUCUUUUCCAGUGGCCUUUGUGUAGAAAAAUAUCACAAGCUUUUGUUCUAUGGCUACAUUCAGUCUGAUGAAGGAACAGUUGCCCUAAAAUGUCUGAAAUAUUCUAACUUUAAAAGCACCCCAAGCUACCCUUUCACUAAUAUUGUUCCCCUUUUAAGACAUUUGAGCCAAAAUUUGAUUCACCCCUGGCUGGUUCAACUUAAGGGGGUUCUGAAGGUGAUCUCAGUUUGAGGGGAGAGCGGUGGGAGUGGAGCAAUUUUUGUUUCUAUUUGUUAUUUUGCUCUUAUAAAGCUUGCUCAGUCUGAAGCAAGCUGCUUUUAUUGUCUACUAUUCUCUGCCUUGUCCAAAUUAGAAGAAAUUUCUUUUUCAUUUGGACAAGCAUAUUGAGAAGGAUUGAAAUUAAUAUCCAAGGAACAGUCGCACAUUGUAUUCUUGUUCUGCUUAGGUAUUUAACUUGACUUCAAAACAGGGUGCAAAGAAAGUUAUUUUUACAGCUUGUCAACUAGCCCGAAGAACGUUUUGAUGAGCAGAUUGAUUUCACCGUUCUUGUCAGUUGUGUAAUUUGAAUUCCGCAAAAGACUUCACUUGCCCGUUGGGCAAGUUAAUAACACAAUUCACUAGCCUGAUAGCAAAAUCCACUAGCCCCUGGCUAUUGGACACUACUUUCUUUGCACGCUGCGUCAAAAGAAGCGAGUUUUGUGGAUAUAAAAGAAAAAUUGAUACUAUAUUUUUAUCUCAUGUUAAAUUUUUAAUUAUGGAGAGUAGUUUUGAACAUAAUAUAUUGGAUUUGAUUGCUUUGCAGUAAGCUAGUUUGCCUCCAUUUUGGAAGUUGGGAUAAUUCUAAAGAAUGGACAGUGGAAAUGCCUGGGGAAGAAUCAAUUCAGGUAUUUUUCUAUUUUCACCAGAAAAUGAAUAAGCCCUUGUAAAAUUGCUUGCUCUGGUAUGGAUAUUGUUUUGUUAGCUGCUUAAAAUUCAGACAUUUGACAUCCAUCUUGAGACAAAGGAGCUGUUUGAUUGAAAACUGUUGAGCUGGUCCUAAAUGCAGUGUUAAGUGGACCUCCAUUAUUGCGGGGCCGGGGGGGGGGGCUACUUCCUUGUAAGAGACCAAUAGGGAUGUGCCGCUGGAUGGGGUCGCAUUUUCACGACUGGAUUGACAAUAAUGGGGUCGCAUUUUCAAUAGAGUUACUAGAAUGGGGUCACACAUUUUGGGACUUUUUGGGUAAGACAGUUUUUCAUAUUUACGGUUAGCAAACGUACCAGAAUGUUUGUACUGCAGAUGAAAAAGACUAGUAAAGUGUUCUUCAGUCAAUUUAAAGAAUGGGUCAAUUCAUAAAAAUAGAAAGUGACUAAGUUGGGAUUGCGAAAAUUACAUAUUUCCCCAAGUGACUGAGAUGGGGUCUAUAAUUGGCCACAGAAUAGACUAUAAUAGAGUAGGGGCUUUGAGAGGCCAGUGACACAUACCCAGCCGUAUCCCCCUCCCCCGAGAUUACGGGCACCCUCGAGACUCUGUCAUUAAUUACGGAAACCGGUCGUUUCCAAACAAGGCCGUUUCGAUACGAACUCAAGCAGUGAAAUUGCACAAAGAUUUCGUUCACUUCAAGUAAAGUUUGUAAUUGAACAAGAAAACCAUUUUGGGUGAAUAUUCUUCGUUCUUUAAGCCAAGUACGUGAACAAAUUUACACCUCGAAGGAAUUAACUUGUAUCGAAACGACCGGUUCUUUAUUUUAGUCGAGCGUCUGUAGUUUGUUUUUGCCAGGGAUUUAGCUUCUGUCCGGAUUACUUGAGCCUCAUAACAGCAAGCUUUCCAGUCAGAGAGAAUGACAAAUUGAUCACCUAAGAAAAAUGUUUGCAGCCCCAUGGCAUUUUCUGUGGAAAAAACGGGUUUUGAUUGACUAAUAAUUAAACUCAUCAAUAUAUCUCAAAUAAUAUUGAAUUACUCACAUUAAAGUAGUCUUUGCUUCUCUGGUUGUUUUUAUCCCUGUAAUUCUUGUAUAAAAGCUUACAAAGCACGCCGUCGGAUAAAAACGUGUUCAAACUUUUCCGCCAGCAUUUAUUAUCCUUGGUAACCAAGCUUUCUCUCCCAUCUUAGGCGUGGGUACUAAGCGCACAAGCCAAAUCUAUCAUGUAGUUCAUGCUUAGCUGCGGUGUGCUUGUUCACCGCCUUGAACAAGAGAAAUUUGCAAAAGAAGCAAAGUACUUCAAGCUAAGGUUGCUACUUUCACUGUUGAAAGAGUUUAAGAUACAUUGUGUAUUAGCAAUACAAUACGCAGCACUAAACUUUUCGACAUUUACUGUACUUACAAAAAUCUAAGUCUUUGAAAACUGCUGUAAUGAUCGGCGUCAUUUUGCUUAAGAUAACUCAGAUGCGAAGGCGUUUUCGGCUAAAAGAAUCGUAGUAUUCUAGGAAAAUAAAUAGGUAGUUAAAACAACAAAUUAUUUUUAACAUCCUUGCCCAUGUUUCCACUUUCUGUUAAAUGAAAUCCCUGCAAAUAAAACAAGAAAACGCCCAAGACGUUUGACCGCGGGGCAGCACGCUUGGCGCUCAGUGAGCGUAAAACUUACUGAAUGCUGACAAAAAGGUUUGAACAUGUUUGAAUCAGAAAACGCAUUUUCGAGGCUUUUGAAGAAGAAACGCGUAUUUUUUGGCGGAUGGAUUGGGGGAGGGGACUGGAUUAUAUACAUAUCCUUAGGGAAAAAAUUAUGAUAAAAUUAUGGGAUAUAAGUUAAGCUAUGAAAUUUGUACACCAAUACGCUACCUCCACGUUUACCAUAAUGCGCCUUAUUUGCCCCCAAAAAUUUUGCAAAAGCAUUGUUUUCAAUUUCUCCUAGGACGGCUGUUGUACCCAGGGGAAAUGAAAAACAAAGGUUAUGCAAAAUUUUAGGGGGUAAACAAGGUGCAUUAUGGGAAAUGUGGAAGUGGCGUAUUAACAACCUUUCUCUGAAAAAGAAUAAUUAAUUCUGCCUGUUCCUAUUUUAAAUGAUGUAUUACUCCUUUAUGACUCUUGGUCAGUGAGUCGUAACAAUUUUCCUUUAGCUGUCCAGUCUAUGUAUAAAUGUAGGUUUUCAGUACAUUUUUCUUGUAAUCAUCCUACAGGCAGUGGCCAUCGGCAGCUCUUUUGCUGCAGUGGCUACCAACAAGCGAUUCUUGCGAAUAUUUACCAUUGGUGGAGUGCAGCGCCACAUCUUCAGCAUCGCGGGUCCUGUUGUUUGCAUGUCAGGCUACAAGGAUCAGUUGAUGUUUGCAUAUCACAAGGAGAAUCCUCUUCCUGGUGAACAAGCUUUGGCGGUAAAAUUCCUGGACUUGAAACAGAAUCUUAUCACAGAAGAGAGGGUCACGUUAAGCGAGAAGGCAAUGCUUUCGUGGUUGGGGUAAGCCUGACAAAAACCUUUUGCGGUCGUUCCAUAGUACACUGUAAAUCAGAAAGAUCUGUUUUAGCCCUAAAAAUAGGGGCCGUUUCGAUGAGUAAAAUACAGUCCUCUUUGGGGGGUCUAAUUUGGCUCCCUUAAUGAGGGCCAAUACGGUCCGAUUACCUAGGGCUGAUUUGGACCUAAGGGGCCCCAGAGUGGGGUGGAAUAGCCUUUUGAUGGGGCUGUUUUGGCUUAAAUUGUGCUUAAAUGCCUCCAGGAGGGGCUGAAUUGGCACUUUAGGGUUUUUAAUUUUCAUUGUGAUAAGGGUACAACAGGGUCGGAAACGCGAACGUCGAAAGACAUACAGCCAUAACAAGCAAUUAAGCGAUUAAGGUCAUGGAAAACAGGAGAAGGUCACUGAGAAAGUCUUGGAAAAGUCAUGGAAUUUGUUGAGCUCAAAAGAGUACGAACCCGGUGGAAACAAGUUUUUGCCAGUUUAUUCAAAUUCUUUUUAUGUGUUCAAUAAAUUGUGACCACGAUUUAACCAUUUCUUGCUCUUUUUCACUUUAGAUUCUCUGAUGUAGGCACUCCAGUUACUGUUGAUUCAGUGGGGGUUGUAAGAGUCCUGUCCCGUUCCUUUGGAACUGCGAUAUGGUCUCCUGUUUGCAUCACUAAGAGCAAUGUAAGUUCUCGCACACUCUGGUAUGGAACCUAGAGAAUUAAUUCUGCGCGUUCAAACACGGUUACCGCAAAAUCAUUAGCCGCGGAAAUUUGUUCCCUCGAAACGCCAGAUAAUAAUAAAAGUUAAAAGUGGGUGAUAUACAAACAUUUUUUUUCCGAGUCGCUUCUGCCAUAGCCUGUUCCAGGCUCCAAGAUAGUGAGGAAAGCGCAUGGAGAAAAAGGUUGCGCGAAAACCGCGUGGGGGUUACGGGGUUUCGGGGACGGCGUAGUGGAUCCUGUAAGCAUUGCUCUAAUACCAGCCCCUGGUAUACCCUAUGAUUGGUCAAUUGUGGCAGUUUACUUCAACACUUGCCUCAAUCAUUUGCCUUUGCGCAAACAUGUCGAGUAUGUGAAACCCUCCUACACCGCACCUUUUGACAUUUUGACACGAGCAACAGUUUUCAGAAAGUAGGCGGAUUGAGGUAUUCGCUCGUUCGCUAUUUGACCACUCGCUCGCUUGUUUCUCUUGUCUGCACUAAUCAAGAGCCUGGCGGUCAGCCUAUACCUUUGCCACUAAUUGAAGAAACGUCACAAUUCUCAUACAUAUCAACUUACUGAAAACUCAGUUCCCCAGCUUACCUGGCUGCUACUUUAGUUAAUGUCAAACGCUUGCUACAAGGUUAUAUCCGGCGUUCCGGCUAUGUAGUUAUCACUUUUAAACUCGCGCUCCCGAACGCUGAAGUUACGUUUCUCCACGUAUUUUCGCGUACCAAAGAUUUUUUUGUUUUGUUUAUUUUUUGUCUUUUUGUUUUUAACGAGAAAAAUUAAACUGAGUAACUUCGACGUUUCUAACAUCAUUAUCAAGAAUGUAAACUGUUAGGUGUCAACAGGAUCCCGUAACCCGGAGCGAGGAACUUCCGUGCGCUUGUGUCACGGCGUUUUCACGGACCAGUUCAUUUUUUUGAACGGUUUUGGCGCGAAUUUUGAAUAUCUUUAAAAUUUCACAAAAGCUCACAAACCAGUCAGUAAAACCAACAGACCUAAAAAUGAUACUUUUUGCCUUUUAAUUACGUUUAGUUUUCCUUUUUGAUAUCUAAUACUUCGAAUGCGCUCAUAGACAUGGUGGAGAUUCUACUUUGGCGGGAAAAAGUGCCCUAAAAUGUGUCUAAAAAUAAACGGGUCCGUAAAAACGCCGUGACAUAGGCAUAGUAUGGGAGUUGCUCGCUCCAGGUAUGGGCUCCUUGUGUCAAAGUUGUUAAAGGAGUUGACUUCUUGAUAUUGAUGUUAGAAACAUCGAAACGUCAAACAACGUUAGUCAGUUUAAUAUUUCUUGUUAUGUAAAUGCUUUAAUAGGCACCUGACCAUCCGAGUUUUCUUCCAGAUGAAGAAUAAGUCAGACAAUUACUGGGUUGUUGGUUUGGAUGAAAAAAGCCAACAAAUUCGGUAAGUUCUGUUAAUCACAUUUUUGCCUAUAUCUUUUGAUGUGGGGUAGAAAUCUCAAACCAGCAGUCAGACGCUCAGUUUGCAAGUGGUAAAAUGUACUGCCCUUUUGGGUCUUCUGGGGAGUUUUCCUAUUUGGGCCUUUUUUUAAUUACUCUGGAAGGGUUUGACAGGUUUUAAUUUGUCAAAUAGGGGCGAAUUUUCCUGGAGUUGAAUUCUAAAGGGUAGUAUCCAAGUUCAAAAAGAGAAAGGAAAAUUUUUCGUGGUGUUUUCAAGUCCUCCAUAAAACAUAGGAUUAGGAAGUCUCAGGUAAAACUCGUGCAGGGCCUGACGUGGAAGAAAAAAAUAACUUAAAGUGUGAUUCAGAACUGUUGUUUUGCUGAUAAAUCUUUUUUUAUUUCUUUAUUGUUGUCGUUGGCGUCGUCGUUGUUUUUGCUUGAGCUUUCCAUGAAUACAAUUUCGUUUUAUGUCAUCACUCUUAGGUGCAUCUACUGCAAAGGGUCUACAUAUCCCCCUACCUUGCCACGCCCUGUACUGGUACUGCUCCCAUUACAGCUUCCGUUAUGUGAAAUGGCAACAGAGAAAGGACAGUUAGAGGUACUAUAGGAGAUACGCUAGUACAUUUAACUGCACAUAGUUAUCGUACAUUAGAAUUAACUGUUAACACGGUAUUAAGGCGUAAGGUUGUCUGUUUAAUUCCUUAAACAGUCUGUUUGUUCCAUUGAAAUUUUACUACACAUAGCCCCAUAAGAUGUAUUAGCUUAAGUUUUAACCGUUUUUAAAUAAAAGUCGUAGUUGUUGUUGUUACUGCUUGAAUAUGUCUCCUCUGAGUGAUGUCCUCUCAAAGAAACUUGGACGAAGGCGUGAGGACGUCAAAGUGUGGUGACUGUAAACGAUGGAGAGAAAGAAGAAACGGCCUGACAAAGUUUCAAAUUGAUUUUUGUUUGACUUGUACAUAAGUGUGAUUAAUAAUACUCGGGCAUCUUGUCUGCGUCUCUGCUUCUUAUAGCCUUGAUCUUGUUUCUGUCUAGUCGGAUUUAAAGUGUAGGACUCUCAAUUAACGAAAUAAGCAAACUUUCUUAUAUCUCGCGGACAGUACGCGCGCUAUGAUUGGUAAUCUUGCUGGCUGUAUGCUACUGUACGGCCCGCUACAUUUGAAAGUUCUCCUUUCCCACGCCCCUGAUUAACCUCAGAGAUAAAAUAAAUUACUUAAGUUAUGUUCUUGGUUCGAAAUGAAAGUUACGUGUUCUUGUUUUUCGCCGUCCAUUUAUGGCUUAAGCGCGAACAACUGGAUCCCUUACUUACAAUACCGACCUCGAACCCGGUUAGUAAGAGUUUUUAAAUACCAGGAAAUGACCUUUUUAAAAUCCUUACAGGUAUCAAAUAAUUAAAAGAAUAUUAGCAAGUAGAAAGGGUUCAAAUCUAUUUUGACUAUUUUUCGCACAGGAAGCAUACGUUCGAUCAAAUAUAUUACUUGGAGCAGCUGAUGAAGAGGACAGUGAUGGAUACCAUGAAGCAUCAUCACGCAUCAAGACUGCGCAAAUUCAGGGCAUCAUGAAGUUAUUUGCUGUAAGUUCUUUGUAGUUUUGAAAAUGUCCGAAAAUGGAAAAACAUUUUUGUGUUUCAUAAACUUACGUCUGUUACGUAAAUAAAAGAUGUAGAAAUGUUAGUCUGUUGACUGAUAUUUUUUUGCAGAGGGAGAACUAGCCCUUUAGUAUCAUAUUCGGUAUCCUAUGGGUUAUUUUGACUAUCAUUUUGUGUUAUCGUAACCCGAUCCCGAACUAAAAGCUGCACGUUUACUGUUUCUUGGCUUAACCGUGGAUUAAACGUUACCACCUUUUGAGGAACUAGGCCCUGGUUUUCACUUAGCACUUAAAAACAAACGCAAGGAUAAAAAUCCUUGUUUAACUGUCUACUCCUUUAACAAUGACAGAGUAAUAAAAUAAAUGUUCUUAUCAUUCGAUGCAAAUGUUUCUUCCUUUUCAUUGGCCGACAGCCCACCACGUGACCUGCAAAUAACUGCCUUCAAAUAGUGGUGUGCUCAUGCGCAAUGUCGCAAUAUCGUGAUUUGUCUUGAUUUGUCAGUGUCUCUGCUCGCCACUGACAAAUCACGAUAUUUUGCUCAACCUCGUCCAAUAAUUGCUAAUUAUUUUUCUUUUCUGUUUUCUGUUAUUCAGCUGGCUUGUAAGAGUGAUAGAGAGUUUCGUGCUGCGGAGCUGUGUGAGCUAUUACCUGAUGCCCACUCCGUAAGUAAAGAAGUUUUACUUCAAAACAUACAGUCAUGAUAUACUGGUACAGGGGCUAUGUUUUUGUUAAAAGAGACCUUAGUUCUAAGACGAGGACGACUGCGUGAACGAGAUUUUUUCAAUACUAAGUAGUGCGCGCACGUGAAACAGCGUCUUUUUGGCGGGAAAACGUGAUAGCCGUCGCCAUCCUACCACGAGUUUUAGCGAGAAUGCUGUGAUGGCGGAAACAAGUUCUUCACUUUUUUAGAGGUUUUAUCAUUCUGCGAUCGGUAGAGGGCUUAACCUCCUUCUAUAGAGAUAACAGUGGUAUUUCUUUGGUGAAAAAAAAAAAACAAACAAUGAAGCUUUCCGGGGUGUCUUAUUUGAGAAUACGCGAAAAAACCUUAAGUCAAAUCUCGUACUCGUAGUCGUUCCCGUCCUCGAAUCCAAAGCUCUCCAAUAAGUGUCGAGGAGCCGACCAUUUAACUUGAGGGGUAGGAGUGGGUCGGUGAUGGGUGUUUAGGGGCGAGAAUUUUUUUUGGUAUUCUACGAAUGUGAUCGAGUUUGUUUCCUAAUUUUUAAUACAAGUAUAAGACUAUAAACUCGAUGCAAGUCUUUUUUUGGUUUCAUCUGUUAUCUGUUUUUUUUUUCUUUUUGUUUAAAUCAGCAAACCUCCUUCCUCCAAAAUUUUCGCUGCAAUUCAUAGAGUGACAAUUACCGGUACAAUUCUUGUCUUCCUUUUUUUCAAUAGGUGAGCUUAGCCAUAAAAUAUGCCGCACGCAGUCGACGAAUGAACCUAGCCAAACGAUUGGAUGAUCUAGCGCGCCAAAAAGCAGCGCUUGAGGCUGACGAAGAAUCUGAUGAUGAAUAUCAACAAGCUGAUUGGCCAGUUCGGCAGAGCUCCAGGAUAGCGCCUUCAAGAGGACAAAGUCAGUCGUCUCCCAUGGCACCAAGACAAGUGGAACAAGAUGAGGAAGAAGAAGAAGAGAUGGAUGAAAAUGAAGUGGAUGAUGAAAUGGAAGAAGAUGAGUCUCAAAUUUCAAGCAAUCAAGGUAAGGUUGCCCUUGUAGCUCAUUUGAUUAGAGCUCUAGAAGAUCUAAUCCAGGGCUGGGUUGUUAAAACUGGGUUAAGAUAACCCAGGGUUAGUGCGAAAUUAUGCUUUAGAUAUGAAAGCUGCCCUCCACAAUUUCAUAAUUAGAUGCGCUUGAAAGAGAAGCGCGGAUUAAAAUUUAACCCCGGGUUAGCGCUAAUCGGCCUUCGAAUAACUGUGCCGAGAGCUCAAAUCUCAAUGGGUGAAAAAUAUUCUCGCUGACUAUCCCGGUUGACUAGUGAGGACCAGUGAGGUAUCUCACUUUACUUUCUAGGACACGCACUUCAGAAAGAAUUGUCAGGAGUUCGUACUUGUCACAAGUCAUUUUAUUUCACCCCACUUGGGUGCUAUGCGCGUUACACAAUUGCUACUUUUUAAGGUAUUUUUCAAGUCAAAGUGUGAUCCUUUGAAUGUUAACACGGAUUUAGUUUUAUAGUUUGUCAUAUUCUGGCAAGCUGUAGCUAGCAUGUACUAGCCCAAAAGUCAUUUCGACUAGCCCGAAAUUUUGAUAAGUAUGUUCGAUUACAGUUCUCUAGUAAUUUGAAGAAGGUUCGAUUAUAUGAACAAACUGCAGUGCUAUAGAUCUGAGUCGUACUUUCUGUGUUGUACUUAAAUUGCACACAUGCUGCGUUUUUAUUGCAGAAAGAAAAGGCUUAGCCAGACUAGAUAGCCGGGAUCUUGGCUCCAAACAACAGAAACCUAAACCUCCCAUGAAGUCAGCACGACCGUCACCAACACCGAUGACGAGUUUUAGUUCAAGUCAAGGCCGCUCUAAUCCUUUCAGGGUUGGAAGUCAAGAAAAGAAAACCUCGGGAAAAAGUUUCUUUGACAGUGUAGAGGAGGAGAAGAAAUCUUUGCUGAUGAACAAAAACAAGAUAUGUAAGUCUAGUUCACAGGCGUCUUCAUAAAAAAUCUGAUUGUAAAUUUAAUUGCGGUGUUAUAGUCUGCUUACUUUUUCGAACUUCAACAAGAUACAGUCAGCCAAAGGGUUGAAAAGAACACUAUCCACGUCAUAUUUCAUUGAACUAUGAAUUUGAACCAUUAUUAUAUCAGUUAAAAGAUCUAAACAAAUUUCUUAGAACUUAAUUAGAAGUGAAAUGGCAGUGGUGAUGAAAAUCAACAUGAUGAAAAUAAGGAAAAAAAAGAAAAGGGAAAGAAAAAAAGAGAGUUAAUCAAAGACCAAAAUCAACUUCAAACCAAUGCUACAAAAAUUACAAAAAUUACCCUGGGGUUCUCAAUGGUCAAUUGCUUACUUCAGAAACUCAAAGGGGCAUGGGUACAAGCUUUGGAUGCAGUGACUUGUGGGAUCGUUUGGGUGGACAAGUGUUAGUUAUGAUUGGUCAAUGGUAUCCAAAACAACCAUUGACCAAUCAUAAACAAUGCUUGUCCACCAAAACGAUUCCAGAAUCGUUGCGCCGAAUGUUUGUAGCCAUAUUUACCACCUGCUUUGUGCAAACCUUGGAAUAAAUAAGCAAAUACACUACCAAAAUUGACAGUUUCAAAUAAUAACGAGCUGGAGUUGAUCUUGUCUUCAUACAACCCUUCCUGUUUCAUUGUGUAAAUCAUGUUGUUCUUAUGUUAACUAGUAUUUCUUAAGUAUAAUUUUCAAAGGAAAAGGAGAGAGGUUUGUAUCAAAACAAGGUCAACCUCAGCCUCACGUUCACGCAAAGGCGAGGAUUCUAAGCCCACAAGUGUAACUGGUCUAUUGUAUUAAUAUCUGUGUGUCAAUCGCUUUGUUACAGCUCCUGAAUCCAAGGUAAACCAGAGAAAAAGGAAAGGAAAGCAAACUACACUGAUGAAAACUCCGCCUGGAAAAGAAAAACCUCACGCUGAAGCCGACAAGUCACCGACAGAGAAAGAACAACUUGAAAAGAAAAAGUCAACUGCUAAAAAGUAAGUCCAUUUACAAAAAUGUAGAAAUGGCAGGUUCUCGUUCAAACCUAAAACGCUCCCCCUUCGUGCUACGGCAAUUUCCCAAUUUUUUCUUUCUUUAUUUCUGCGUAGGAGAAAGCAAUUUUGAAGUCGUGCCAUUCGCAAAGCUUUAAACAAAAGUUUUGUUUGCCUUUUUACAGAGUCAAUGGAUUCAAUCUGUGGUUCAGCGACAAUAAAGCGGUUUUAACGGAAGACAACACAGAGCUGUCCAGCGGAGAUCUUGUUAAAUUAGCUAUGCGAACAUGGAAAGCACUCAGCGAUGAGGAGAAAGCAGAGUGGAACGAAAAAGCUAAGGAAACAUCUGUUGACCAAGAACAAGGGGAGAAGAAAAGAAAAAGAGACAAAUCUGAUGAAGAAAAUGAAGAUAUUACAAACACACUGAACCAAGCCAAGAAGGCAAAAGAAAUUAAUAAUUCAGCAUCUAAGCUGGCUGGAUUUGCUUACAGUAAAAAAGAUUGAAUACAUGGUAACGGAUGGAACUUUUCUUGUUCGUCCACGUCCACAUUCUGACAAACUGAAUGCUAUUUAAAAACAUUAACGCAAUUGUGAACCGUUCACGUACAUUCAGAAAAUGUGUUGAAAGAACUUUUUUCUCUAAGGAUUUUUUGAAACGUCUUGUUUAAUAUGUGUCGUAUCUAAUGCAAAUAGGCGAUAACAAUAGAUUUUCCUCGUUAGUGAAAUCCAACUAGUUGUCUAUUAUCAAUUCUGUGUUCUGAUUGGUUGAGCUACUACUAGCCUAUAUGUUAUAGCCCACUAGUAGCGAAAAGCGCCGGCUUUGAAAACCAAAACAAUGGCUUUAAGAUAGCGUUAACUAGUUAAAGUUGUUUUGUCUCGAUGUUUUUGACCAACUAGUUGGAUUUUACUAAAACAAUUAUUCCUCUCGCCCUCAUGGCCUCUGAGUCAAUAGCCAAUUCGGCCUUCGGCCUCAUGAGCUAUUGACUCAGAGCCCAUUCGGGCUCGAGGAAUAAUUGUUAAUUAGCAUCUAAUUGGGC